GGGACAAUGUUGGUGAUUAUGCUGCAUGAGGUGCAGAUCUUUUUGAAAGCAUUGCAGCUGAGAUAAUUAGUGCCAUGAUACUUGGUGGAACAAUGGCUCAACGGUGUAAAAUUGAAGACCCAUCUGGCUUCAUCCUGUUUCCUCUUGUUGUGCACUCAUUUGACCUGGUUGUAUCAUCGAUUGGAAUAUUUUCAAUUAGGGGUACACGUGAUUCCAGUGUGAAAGUUCCAUUAGAGGAUCCAAUGACAAUCCUUCAGAGAGGAUACUCUGUUACAAUAGUUUUGGCUGUUCUAACGUUUGCUGGAGUAAUAUAUCUUCUGAAAUAUUGCCAUUUAUAUUUCUCUUUACUGGUUGACAGCUCAUUCAGGACUUGUUUCUUUUCUGAAAUUGUUGCAGUCAACUCGGUGGUUGCUUUAUACUGAGCAAGCACC